ACCCAGCUAUAGGUAUAACUACCUAUUCCCCUAGGCCCAGGUACCGUAGGCAUGUACCCAGAAGACGUUCUUAUGUACCGAUGGACGAGAGUCACCUCCAAAGUGAAUGUAGACAGUACGAGGCUGAUUCGUCGCGGUACUCACUGCUGUUUACCAUUGUUAGCUGGUAUUCAAUGUUUCCUUCAUCGUUAACUUCGUCACCCCUAUAUUCCGACGUCCCUUCUCCUAGUCUUCUUGUCUUCGUCAUCCUCCCGACCCCAUCCCCCAGUGAUCCAGCCCCUCGACCACCCAUCCAAGAACCAGCGAACAGACGAGCAACCGAUACCCGCUCCUCCGCAACAUCUUGAUCCCAGACAGACUCCGCUACACCUUCUUACGUCGUUGAUGGUGCCUGAAGCGAAACGCCUCGCAACCGAAAAGUUUCGGCGAGAAAGAUGGCUCACGAUGACACCAGCCCCAACUCGAUCAAGCCUGCCGCGAUCCAGGCCAUAUACCAGGGGAAGCUCAGCUUCCCACUCACAUCGAUCCGGUCGAUAGGAAGCACGAUGGACUGGUCGGGCGGCGUAACAGAGAGCGUGAUGCGGGCAGUCGCAGAGAAACUAGGAAAGGUAUGGCCCGCCCCUGCGGCCGACACCCAGCCGUCGGACAGAAGCUCCACACCUCCCCUGGAUAACUAUCGCGGCAACGGCGCCCUGCCGAUGAACCAGCCCGAGAACAUUUCGGACAGCGAGAACUGCUCCAUCUGGAUCACGAACCUGCCCCCGGACUGCACGCUCCCACUCGUCCUGUCGCAUCUACGAAACACCGGCAAGGUCUUCUCGUCGCACCUGGGGCAGCCGACCUACAACUACGACACGGCGUGCGCCAAGGUGGUGUUCUUCGACCGCGCGGGGGCGGAGCGAGCGCUGGCGCGGGCGGGCACGUUCGAGAUCGGGGGGCGGCGGCCUCGGAUCCGGCCGAACCGGAUCAGGAAGAGCGCGGUGGCGCCGUCGGCGUCGUCGCGGGUGGUGCAGAUCACGGGGCCGAGCCGGGUGGUCAACUUCCGGGCGCUCAGCGCGCUCUUCCAGGCCAACUUCUUCUACGACCUCGUCGCCGUCCACGUGACCUGGCAGCGCGGCGACGCCGCCUGCAUGGUCUGGGAGUUCGGCUCCUACCGCUGCCAGGCCGAGAACGCCGUCAAGGUCGUCCGCGCCAAGAAGCACUCCUCCAAGACCGCCUCCGGCCAGCCCUCCCCCUGGGACGCCGUCGACUUCGCCUGGAUGCCGGACCCCUGCGCCUACACACCCCCCCCGGCCCCCGGCCACCAGGAACACGCAGACGCUAACAUCCGUCCGUAGGGCCGCGGGGGAGGGAGGGAGGGAAGCCUCGGUAGGCAUUAUAUGUGACUACGCGACGGACCCCCGAUCUAGCAGUCA